AUGGCGGCUCUGCAGGAGAAGAAGACGUGCGGCCAGCGCAUGGCCGAGUUUCGGCGCUACUGCUGGAACCCCGACACCGGGCAGAUGCUGGGCCGCACCCCGGCCCGCUGGGUGUGGAUCAGCCUGUACUACGUGGGCUUCUACGUGGUGAUGACCGGGCUGUUCCUCCUGAGCAUGUACACGCUGAUGUGGACGCUCGACCCCUACACGCCCGACUACCAGGACCAGCUGAAGUCUCCGGGGGUGACCUUGAGGCCAGACGUGUACGGGGAGCGCGGCCUGGACAUCUCCUACAACGUCUCAGAGCCCGAGUCCUGGGCCGUCCUGGUCCACAUGCUGCAGGACUUCCUGAAGCGCUACUCACCCGAGGCGCAGCAGGCCAACCGGGACUGCACGGGGGACAGCUACUACAUCCAGCACAGCUUCCAGGCGCCGGGACACACCAAGUACUCGUGCCGCUUCACCAGCGACAUGCUGGGGGCCUGCUCGGGCCUCGCCGACCCCAGCUUCGGCUUCGCAGAGGGGCAGCCCUGCUUCCUCAUCAAGAUGAACCGGAUUGUGAACUUCCUCCCUGGCAAUAAAACGGUGCCCAGAGUGAAAUGUGACUUUGUGGGGCAGCCCCACGAGGCGCUGCAGCCGCUGCAGGUCACCUACUUCCCGGCCGGCGGCACCUUCAGUCUCCACUACUUCCCCUACUACGGGAGCAAGGCCCAGCCCAACUACAGCAAUCCCCUGGUGGCCGCCAAGCUCCUCAACGUGCCCCGGAACAAGGAGGUCGUCAUCGUGUGCAAGGUGCUGGCGGAGCAUGUGACGUUCGACAACCCCCACGACCCCUACGAGGGGAAGGUGGAGUUCAAGCUGACGAUCCAGCAGGGGGCCGCCCCCGCCACGCCGGCGCUCUAG